AAACACGACGAGGGUGGGCAGGCUGCUGAGGUCCAAACUGUUAAGCGACAUAUUGGUUUCGACGACGCAACAGUGGAGAAUGACAUUACUAUACUGCAAUUAAAAACGCCUAUUACGGCGACUAGUCAGAUCGGCUAUGCUUUGCUCCCUGCCCCAGGGUUCGAUCCUACUGAGAGAUCAAGAGCAUUUACAGGAGGCUGGGGUGCCACUAAAGAAGGUUCCCUGGAGAAUUCCCCCAACUUGCUAUUUGCUGACCUUCAGAUUGUCGAUCGUGCUACAUGCAAUGCAGCCUACAAGAAGGCAGCAGAGCCAGGGACAGUUACAGAAAACAUGUUUUGUGCAGCCAACGGACAAGGCAAAGACACCUGCCAGAGAGAUAGCGGAGGUUCUUUGUUUCAGGAUGGGGUCGUGAUUGGCAUCAUCUCAUGGGGUGAAGGUUGCGCAAAUCCCAACUUUCCUGGAGUUUAUACAAGAGUUUCCAUGUACCUCGACUGGAUUAAAGCAAACAGGAUUGCAGUCUGA